UUAUUAUUACAAGUCGACAAAAAACCUUCGACAGUUCUCCUAAAUCCAGCAUUCAGCAUGAACUCCAUAAUCCCAUCUCCUUAACCCAACAAAAACACAGACAGAAAGACACUACUGCUACUCUCUCUCUUUCCAAAAUGGACCCGAGUGUUGUACCCUACCAUCAACAGCAGCAGGAGCAGCACAAAUCUGAAACUGACCAUGACCAGGAUAAUAUUGACAUGGUACUCCAAACCAAACCAAUCACCACCAUGAACUCAAACUCCAAAACAACUAAAGAUCCUUGCAGCAUUAACAUUGUCAAGUACAAAGAGUGCAUGAGAAACCAUGCUGCUUCUAUUGGUGGCCAUGCCAAUGACGGUUGUGGAGAGUUCAUGCCACGUGGUGAUGAAGGCACCCGUGAUUGGCUCACUUGUGCUGCCUGUGGUUGCCACCGCAACUUCCAUAGAAGACAAGGUAGUACCAAAAGACAGCACCAGCAACAACUCCUCCUAUCUCCACCACCACAAACACAACAGUUUCUCUUGUACGGUGCGCCCACUGAUAUAAACAUGAACCGGCCAGUUCAUGAUUUCGUUUCACGUCCUCAUGAGGAUGAUGAUGACGACCUUGAUCAUGAUCGACGCUCAGAGACUCCUGAGAGAGGUGAAGGGAAAGGGUUUAUGGUGAAGAAUGCUGGCAGCAAUAAUAAGAGGCUUAGGACAAAGUUCACGCAGGAGCAAAAGGAGAGAAUGCUGGAGUUUGCUGAAAAGAUAGGGUGGAGAAUACAGAAACAUGAUGAUAUGGCUCUUAAUCAGUUUUGCAAUGAAGUUGGUGUCAAAAGAAAUGUGCUUAAGGUUUGGAUGCAUAAUAACAAGAAUGCCCACCGCCGUAGAGAUGGUGCUCCCCCGGUGUCUGCCGAGGCCCCUCCUCCUCCUCCGCCCGUUGGAGUCUAGUAAUAAUUGAUAAUUAAUCUAGUAAUUAUUAUUGUUCCACUCUGAUCUUCAAUUUCUUUCUUGGCCUCUUUAAAACUUGACAGUAUCUUAAUUACUACCACUACUACUAUCAUAAUUAAUUAGCAUGA